AUGCCGAUCAGACCUAGCUCCUCGAGGCUGCUAAUCGUUCGGCGAGAGAACGAGCCUCCAAGCACAACUCUCUCACCUGUACUCUCCCCCCAAACCUCCCUCCAAGCACAAUUUGUAUAUAUUGAUAGGGAUGGGGAGCUGGGAAAAAAGAGUCGGACGAAGAGAGAGGGGGGGGACGAAGAGAGGGAGAGUGCUCUGGUGGGGAAGGGGCGGGGCACCGCUGUCACGAACACAUUCAGACCACGAGCAUAUGCAAGUUGA